CAGAGCGUGUGAUAUUGGGAAUCGCUUUGGCGGGGUAACAGAGCCUGUGAGAGAUUUAUGCGUCUCUCCUGCCUUCACUCACACUCAAUUCAGGAAGAAGGCAAGUCGAGGACCUGUGCCCGCAGCGUUAGUAUGACAGUGGACACCAAUUUCGCAUCCUCGUUGUUUGAGAAUCUAAAGCUGGAACAUCCAUGGCUUCCUCCAACUAAUUGGGAAUCGAUCCCUUCCGAAAGCGGCAAUUCCCACCUUCUAAACCCCAACUCCUCUUCCUCUCAGUCCCUCGACCAUGCCUCCGCCGUCUCCGAGGCAAGUUUGGUGAGGUUGGCGAUGAAUGCACUUGGAGGAGUCGAAUCAGCCCUUGUUAGUAUCCAGAAGCUUUCUGCUGCAUUUCGCUCCGACCCGGCUGAUCGGAGCUUCCAUCAGAUUCCAAGCCUGUGGAAUAGGUCUUCAAGCACCCAUGCUCUGGGAAGCAUUCUCCAACCCAUUGGCUGCUCAGGUUUGCUAGUCUUUCUCCUCCGAAAAUUUGUGGACUUCUUUACGAAUUUGAAUGUGGAAAGUCAAGAUCAUCUUGCUGGUGAGGCUCAAGUGAAGCAAUGCCCUCCUUUUAGUCUUGUUAAUCAUGCUUUUGCCGUUGCCGUGGGAAAGGUUGUGGAAGGGUACAUGCGUGCACUGGAUACCUUGCAUGCAUCAGUGGGUUUGAGGCGCUCUUCGCGUUCGUCUUCUGUAGUGGGAUGUAUGAACAGUGUAGUGUAUUCUGAUCUAACUAUGUUGGAGUUGUAUUUGCACACGAAAGAAUUGAGGACUCAGAUCGAAUCCCUUACAAACUUAUGUAACGUGUAUCAGUUCUCUAGUUGCUUCUCAGUAUCUUCUUUGGAAGAAUUGGUUACAAAAGCAAAAUCUGAAUUUUCUAAGUUCUACAGAGGAGGGCAUUUGCUCACAUAUCUGUAUACCCAAUUACAGGUUUCUGAUCCUGCUCAUCGUCCUCUACUCAAAUUUAUUUUCCUUCGUACAUUUGAACCAUAUUGUGGGUUUAUUAGAUCAUGGAUUUUCAAAGCUGAGAUCAGUGACCCUUACAAGGAGUUUGUGGUAGAAUAUGUUGACAGUAUGUCUCCAAAUCAAUGCGGUAAAGCCGGAAACCCGAUUGACUUCCCAUUGGCAACUAUUAGGGAACGAGAUGGUGUUGCUGUUCCUUAUUUUUUGAAGGACUUCUUGAUUCCACUAGUUCGAGCUGGUCAGCAACUGCAAGUUCUAGUGAAAUUGCUUGAAUUGUGUACUUUUGUUGCCACCAAAGACCACACUUAUGAGGGGUUUCUUCCCUGCUGGAGUGGGUUUUCGGGCAAUAGUCCAUGUUAUUCAUCUCCAUUGACUUUCAGCAAAGAAAAUAUUGAGGCCAUGAUACUUUCAAGGGACACUUACUACAAAAAGAUGCAAGAAAAACUAAAGAAUCUUUCAGCGAAAUUUGAAUUCAGAUAUCAACAGGUAGUUCCACAAGGCAGAGUUCUCUUGGAUAAUAAUGGAAGGAGUUCCACCAUCCCAGUUCUGUUCACAUUGGAUGACAAAGUUGAUAGUUUUAUUGCUUCUCCAACAGAUGAUGAAAGGGAGUCACAUGUGGCAGUUCUUGAUUUGGAUUUUGAUGAAUUAAGUGCAAGGGAUGGUCUAUCUGAUCUGGUGGAUACAUACGAGUCAUCUGAGUGUUCAACCUCCAGUUAUUCUGAAGAGCAAGAUGUGUUGGAGCAGAAUAUUGAGCUUCCCAAUAAUAUCAAUGAGCUGGAACAAAAAUAUGUAUCUGCUUUAAGCUUUUCAAUGAGUAGUCCUGUUGAUAAUUUGCAAAAUCCUCGUGUAUGUGAAGAUUCAUGCCAUAUCAUAACUGACCCGAAUAGAUUUUGUGAAGAAAGAGAUUCCCCUGUACAUUCUCAUCAUGAAGGAAUGUUUACAAGCCAGAUAUCUGUGCCCGUCAAACCAAAGGAGUCAAACUGGUCUUGUAUGUCUAGCGCUCAGUUGGUUGAUUGUAUAUCUGCUAAGGAUUGGCCAGAAAGUAGUUCAUUUGAGAGUUAUUCUGUCAUUGAUAAAGAGUACAGUGAUGGUCCAAGGUCACAUCCAAUGGGUUCUGCCUCAAAGGUGAAUGAGAGAAUCAUAGGGGCCUUAAAGGAAGGUACAUUUAAAAAAGGAAUUGAGACUCAUGCUUUAAUUGAAGAAGCCUCUGGCAAGAAUCAAUCUCGAAACGCUACAUAUACUUCUUCAGAUUUAUUGACGUUACAACGUUGGAAGGUUAACUCCCAUAACAAUUUUCUCAGCAUGAACCCAAUGUUGAUAAAAACUAACUUAAUUCAUCUGAUAACCAAGCCAGGACAGAGGCACAUAACAGACUUGGGGGACUAUUUGCCUUACUUUGACUUUUCUUUCAUAAAGGACCCUUUUAAGGUGUAUCUGGAAAAGCCGCCUGCAGGGCUCUCAGACUCCAGUGCCUCAGCAAGCAGUGUCAGGAGGGAUCACCUUGGCAAACAAGGUUAUGGUGGACAGAAUGUCUUGAUUGAUAAAGCCAAAGUGUCUGUUUUUCUUCCAAUUUCAGACACAAAGGACCACAACCAAGCAGACGCAAAUUUAACAAAUGUUUCUGGUGGUAGUUGUUGGGAGAGUUUGCUUGGUAGAUUUAGUGACACUGUCGUUAAUAGAGUUGAAGAUCACAGACAAUGCAAGCCAGAGAAUUUUGAGAUACCACUUGAUUUUAUUAUUCACAAAUGCCUUCUUCAGGAAAUCAUGCUUCAAUAUAAGUAUGUCAGCAAGCUAACUAUUAAGUUGCUUGAAGAAGGGUUUGAUUUGCAAGAACAUUUACUGGCUCUGCGGCGCUACCACUUUAUGGAACUAGCGGACUGGGCUGAUUUGUUUAUUAUGUCCCUGUGGCAUCAUAAAUGGUGCGUUACAGAGGCAGAUCAUAGACUUUCAGAAAUUCAAGGUUUACUUGAGUCAUCAGUUCAGAGGUCAUCAUGUGAACGUGACCUUCAUAAGGACAGGUUAUUUGUGUACAUGAAGGGACAUGAUGCAAUGACUCUUUCUGCAUCUGCUAGUGGAGUCCAUUCCUUCAACUUUCUUGGUUUGGGUUAUCAAGUGGAUUGGCCCAUAAGUAUUGUUUUGAGUCCUGGUGCAUUGAAUAUAUAUGCUGAGAUAUUCAGUUUUCUGAUGCAAGUGAAGCUUGCUAUAUUCUCAUUGACUGAUGUAUGGCGCCCAUUAAAGGAUUUGGUACAUUCAAUUAGUCAGAAUAAUCACUCUGAACAAUACAAAACAGGAGCGGGCCAUUUUAAUGCAUUAGUGAAGAUGAGGCACCAGGUCAAUCAUUUUGUAUCUACACUACAGCAGUAUGUGGAGUCACAGCUAUCACAUGUAUCAUGGUGCAGGUUUCUAUACUCACUUAAGCAUGAGGUCAAAGAUAUGAUGGAUCUUCAGUCUGCACAUAUGGCAUAUUUAACAGAUUCGCUUGACAUAUGUUUCCUAUCUGAUGAAACACGACCUAUAGCUCGCAUCAUUGAAAGCAUUCUGCAGUGUGCUCUUGACUUCAGGUCUUGUCUGACUGGGGGAAUGUGGGAUGUUGGAACAGGUGAAGGGAAUAGAACUGCAAGGCUUUCUGGAAUGAAUAUAUCCCAGGUGGUUGCUAUAAAACAAACCUUUGACAAGAACAUGAAAGAACUGCACCUCUGUUACCUAAAGUCACCGAAACAUGGGGAGUUUGGACUUUCUCAUUUUUGGGAAUACCUCAACUACAACAAGUAUUACUCAGACGUUGGUAAUGAAAUGGCCUUCUAUGCUUUCGCAAUCUAAAGAUCCGUGACAUGAAUUUGGACAUUCCGACAAUACGUGAAGCAGCCCCAUUGGUUACAAUGAUUGAAGAGUGUAAUUUCUCAAAGAUUCACGGUAGAUGAUGUCUCCAACUGAUUUGUGUCAAAUUUUUCAGAAAUCCUGAGGCCUUGAGGUAGCAGAUUCUUAUUUGUUGAGUGUUAUUUGGCGAACGUUAACAAAAUUUACUUAUUGGUUUUUGGAGAGUGAAGGAUAGUUACUACUUCUUGUGGGACGUUAAGAGCUGCAUAUAGAGAUGAUGAUAGCCGUUGUAUAUUACAUUCUACAUACCCAAGGAAAUGCUAUGAAGUUACUUUUAUACGUCUCUUCAUUUGA